AUGUCGGACGCCGAGAGUGACUUUAAGAUGUACAGCGAUGACUUUGACACGGAGGACGAACAACGCCUGCCCGUGGCUGCUCAAGCUCCCCGGCGUCAACCCGCUCCCCCGAGCACCACCAACGGCACGUCCAACGGCAAGGUGCGCCGCCGAAAAGUGUCGACCAAGCCUUCUCGGGGUGGCCCGCGUCGGGUCGUCAGCUCAGCCGAGCGCGAGUAUCAGAACGGCCUCCAGAGUCGCCUGCAGGCCGCCGAGAAGGAGAACCAGGAACUGAGGCGUGAACUCAAGCUUCUGGAAAAGAUUCAACGUCGCCAAACAAAGGCCAUUGAUCAAUAUGAGGGCUCCAACUCUGAGUUGCCAUCACAAUUGCGGCAGCGCGAGGAGGAGCUGCGCGCUCUACGUGAACAAAUGCGCAACCUGAAGGCUCGCAACACCGAGCUCGAGGCCAGCCACCAGAAAAAGGACAAGCACAUGCAGCAGGUACGGGACAAGGCCCGCCGCUUGGAGUCGCUCGUCAAGGACAAAGAUCUUCUCGAGGCCGCCACCGCCACCGAGCGGGUACAUCAGCUGGAGCAAGAACUGCAGACGAAAAAUGAAGCAGUCUCAAAGCUGCAGCACCAUUGCGACCUGCUGCAAAAGCAGCUGGCUCGUGCCGAGGCCAGCCAGGGGAAGCAGGUGUCGCAGGUCAAAGGCGAAGUGUCUCAUCUCGAGCGACGCAUUGAGGAGCUGGAGGACAAACUUGCAGCUCGAGACCGCCAGCUUGAGAAGCUCAACAUUCUGGCCGCGCGGGAUCGUCGAGCUCCCGUCAUGGAAGCUCGUGCGGACAACACACCGGCUAAACCCGCCAUCGCACGUGAAGCAACUCGUUCUGCUUUUAUGACCAACCCCUCUCCCUCUCCUCCCCGCAGUCCGCCAACCAAGGCCCAGGCUCAAGCGCCGUCACAGCCUGCUGUUGCCCCGGUGCGCCGUAAGCAGCCCGCCUUGCCGCAAGCCGCAAAGGAACCCGCGCCGCGUGCGCCAGUCGCGGCCAGCCCUUCUCCAGUUCCCGACGUGCAAAAUUUCUCCCUUCCAGAGAGCCCAACGCGAACCGUCACGCCGGCGCAAGCCACCCCGCGCACCACUACAGCUGGGUUUGAUGCCGAUCGCGAUGCCCGUGAGCGCGCAGAGCAAGAGGCCCGCGAGCGGUUGGAAAAGGAGGCCCGUGGGCGGGUGGAGCAAGAGGCUCGUGAGCGCGCAGAGCAAGAGGCCCGUGAGCGGUUGGAGAAGGAGGCCCGUGACCGCGCAGAACAAGAAGCCCGCGAGCGCCUGGAAAAAGAGGCCCGGGAGCGCCUGGAGAAAGAGGCCCGGGAGCGUGCAGAACAAGAGGCUCGCGAGCGCUUGGAGAAAGAGGCCCGGGAGCGUGCAGAACAAGAGGCUCGCGAGCGGCUGGAAAACGAGGCCCGUGAGCGUGCAGAACAAGAGGCUCGGGCCAAGGCCGAACAGGAUGCCGCCGAGGCACGUCGCAAAAAGGAUGCUCUCCUGGCUAAACUUCAAGCGAUUGACGACGUUACCGACGUGGGUAGCACAACAGCACCUGCACCCACGGCAGCAGCAGCGCCUGCCCCCAUCCCGAAUGCAGGGAGUGGCGUGCCUCUUUGGAUGCAAGCUGGCCCUCGCAAGGCCCGUGAGGUACCCGAUUCGGUCCAAAACUUGCACCAGGGCAAGCCCGCGCGGCCCGACCUUCUGGAGGACUUCCGUGAUCGAAAAGCAGUCACUUCGCAGCGCCCAACGGGUACCAAUGGUCCCCUCCCUGACUUUCUAACCAGCGCCCCCAAGUCUUCGAAAGGUCCAAUCGGCACAAGCGCAGGUAGCGCUCAAAAUGCCCUGAGCUUCUUUGACAACGCUGCCACCAAGCCGCGCGGUGGCGGCAACACAGCGCUGCCCUGGGAGCAGAAAGCUGCAGCUGCCUCUGUUGUAGAGGCACCGAGCGUUGCUGCGACAUCGGCGCCCGCACCCUCCAGCGCCAGUUCUUCCCUGCCCUGGCUUCAAGGGCCUGCGUGCACGCGCGCGGCGCCAAAGGCACGCUCGUUCUUGGAUGACAAUCUUGAGAGUAUAGCAAUUUAAAUGCUGGGCUUGUGACAUGCAAUCGGGCUGUUUUCUUGGCACUUAUUCUGAAGCGGACGCUUUUUUUUUUCUUUUUGUCUUGGAUUUAAUCGAAGUAUUUUGAC